AUGGCGGUGCGAAUGGUUUCGACAAUUGGAAUUACUUACAGGAGUUUAAUAAAAGGAUCUUCUAGUUCUGCCUAUGAUAACGUCAACAAAGUUCGAGUUGCUAUAAAGAAAAUCAGUCCUUUUGAGCAUCAGACGUACUGCCAGAGAACUCUGAGAGAGAUUAAGAUCCUCCUGCGCUUCAGGCAUGAGAAUAUUAUUGGAAUAAAUGAUAUUAUCAGAGCUCCAACUAUUGAACAGAUGAAAGAUGUAUACAUUGUGCAAGACCUUAUGGAGACAGAUCUUUACAAGCUCCUAAAGACUCAACACCUCAGCAACGACCACAUUUGUUAUUUCCUUUACCAGAUUCUGAGAGGGUUAAAAUAUAUCCAUUCAGCCAAUGUGCUUCAUCGUGACCUCAAACCUUCGAAUUUGCUGCUUAACACCACUUGCGAUCUCAAGAUUUGUGACUUUGGACUGGCUCGUGUUGCAGAUCCAGAUCAUGAUCACACAGGAUUCUUGACAGAAUACGUGGCCACACGUUGGUACAGGGCUCCUGAAAUCAUGCUGAAUUCUAAGGGUUACACCAAGUCUAUUGACAUCUGGUCAGUAGGCUGCAUUCUGGCAGAGAUGCUCUCCAACAGACCUAUCUUCCCAGGCAAACACUACCUUGACCAACUCAACCAUAUCCUUG